AUGGGUCAGAUUUCAUUAGAAAACAAUGUUAAAUCAAUUUUCUGUUUAGUCAAAUCCAUGAAAAAAUCAAUGGCAUUUUGUUCAUACCUGUAUAGAGAUCCCAUUUUUGCUUAUUGUCGUUCUUAUGUGAUUAUUUUUAUCCUUUUUGGAAUUUUACCUAUUAGUAUUUCAACUGUUCUGGGAUUCUUAGCCUUUCGUAAUGUUCAAGAACUUACUUAUCGUACAAUACCAAUCGUUCGACGUGAAUUAGAUGAACAAUUAACAAAAAUAGUUUUAAUUCAAACAAGUCCAAAUAUUCCUUCCAAUGCAUUUAAUCAGACAUAUCUGCAAUUUGCUUAUUCGAUAGCUAUUCUUCUCAAUUAUGCUUAUUUUGCAAUUAUUACAGUGAUGUCUUCUCAUGUCAUCGAAGAAGAUGAAAAUUAUAUUUAUGAAAUCUUACAAGAAAAGUAUCUGGAAGAAUCGACUAGACUUCUUGCUGAUGUCUUUACCAAAUACAAUCAACUGGAAAUGUAUAUGAAAACGACCUAUGAAGAAUUCUAUCGUGCUACACUUCCAUUCUCGAAGGUUAUUAUGAACGAUCAACUCUCUAUCGUAGCAGUACACAAACAGACGAAAGAAAUUCACGGUCUUGUUCAAGCGAGUGAUGCGAAAAAACUGGAAGAACAAACUUUUGAAGAAUUAGGGUCGUCUGAAGAUAUAUCCAAAGAAGUAUUCAGAGAAGUUGAACAACGUUUUAUGAAACAAUAUGUUCAACUAAGAGAAAAUCACUUGAUACAUAUAUUAAUGGCAGGUGUUCGUCAAGAUCAAACUAGAAAAGGACUUUGUACGAAACUUCAUCAAAUUCUGCUCGCUCUUGGUGCUCAACGUGGAUUUAAACACGCAAUUGUUGAACCAACUGAUCCAGCAACAUAUCACAUCUAUACGAAGAAACUCAAUGGAACAGAAUUUACAUCAGUCUAUUUACCAACGUUUGUGUCCAGCGAUGGUCAAAGACCAUUUGAACAUUUUGAUGCAGAGAUCAAAUUGAUUGUUUUUGAUCUACAGUAG